AUUUACUUUUGUCUCCACCGAAACAAAAAGUAAAGUUUCAAGACUUUAUCCGAGUUUAGGGUUUCUUCUCGUCCUUCUCUCUCUUCUCCGACAAUCAGAUCCUCGAAACCCAUAUUUCGAAUCAGGUCUCAGCUUCUCUGUCCUUUUUGUUCAUGUCUGAACUUGAUUCACAGGUCCCUACUGCCUUCGACCCGUUUGCUGAUGUGGAUGCUGAGGACUCAGGUGCGGGAACAAAGGAGUACGUCCACAUACGUGUGCAGCAGCGCAAUGGUAGGAAAAGCUUGACAACAGUCCAAGGGUUGAAGAAAGAGUAUAGUUACAGCAAGAUACUUAAAGACCUCAAGAAAGAGUUUUGUUGCAACGGUACAGUGGUUCAAGACUCUGAACUCGGACAGGUUAUUCAGCUUCAAGGUGACCAGAGGAAGAACGUCUCCACGUUCCUAGUCCAGGCUGGUCUUGUGAAGAAGGACAACAUCAAGAUCCAUGGUUUCUGAGCUUCGUAUGCUACAUUGUCUCUAAGUCUGUUUGCUCUAUUCACCUCUAUUGUCAUCCCCACCUCUCUUUCCAAAACAUUUCUUUCAACUUCCCCCUUUGAUCUCUUGUUGCUUGUUUUGUUUCAUUUCGAUUUAGACUUGGUAUGAUAGUAAGAGACCACUCUUUGUGCUACUCUUGCUACUUAAUAAAUGGAUAUGAAUAUUGGUGAGUUACAGUUUUACUUCCUUCCAUUUGUGUUUUGU